AUGGGCUGGCUGCUUUCCGUGCUUUCCUGAAGACAGAGUUCAGUGAGGAGAACUUGGAGUUCUGGCUUGCCUGUGAGGACUUCAAGAAGACCCGCUCGGCAGCCAAGCUGGCCUCCAAGGCUCAACGGAUCUUUGAGGAGUUCAUUGAUGUGCAGGCUCCUCGGGAGGUGAACAUAGACUUCCAGACACGGGAGCUGACAAGAAGAAAUAUGCAGGAGCCUUCCCUCUCUUGCUUUGACCAAGCUCAGGGGAAGGUGCACAGCCUGAUGGAGAAAGACUCUUACCCCAGGUUCCUGAGAUCCAAAAUUUACACAGACCUGCUGUCUCAAACCCAGAGGAGGCUCAGCUAG